AUGGCAGGUGUCUGCGCUUCAUCCCUCAGACUCUCCCUCCCAAACGUCUUGCGAAAUGCUCUCCGUUCAGAAAUCGCCUCGGACCUCCAUCAGGGUCCCGCAUCUCGGAGAAUCCUCUGCAUAGCGCCUCUUUCUCAUAGCAGAUGCAAAACACAACGACGGAACUUCAGCGCCUCUAUCAAACCUCAGCUUCGCCAAUCCGCGCCAUAUCUAUCAGCACAUGACUCCUCCUCUGCCGCCUCAGCUCCUAAUACCGCGCCGCUGGAAAAUUCAGAAAAUAAACCAUCUGCCUCGACCGAAGCAAAUGCAUCGCCAGAAGUGGAUGGAUCCAAAACCAGCCAUGUGGACUCCAUAACUGAGACACCUACCUCCGAUAGAUUCACCGAUAAGAAGCCUACCAAAUCGUCUCGAUCGAAGAAACGUUCACGCCUUGAAGAACCUCCUUCCAAUACCAUGGCCCAGAAGAAACCGGAGAAAUGGCAGAUUCAUAAACAAGCCCUGAAAGAGAAAUUUAAAGAGGGAUGGAACCCUCCAAAGAAGCUUUCUCCCGAUGCGCUGGAGGGUAUUCGGCACCUUCACGCGGUCGCACCGGAAAAGUUUACUACACCGGUUCUUGCAGAAGAAUUCAAGGUCUCACCAGAGGCUAUUCGGCGGAUAUUGAAGAGCAAAUGGAGGCCUUCUGAGACCGAAAUCGAAGACCGGCGGAAGAGAUGGGAGAAGCGACAUGAUCGAAUUUGGGGCCAUUUAUCGGAACUCGGCCUACGACCAAGUACGAAGCGCACCCGAGAUCUGACAGACGCAAAGCAACUGCUCUAUGGCAAUAACCAGAAGAAAGGGGGAAAGGCUUAA